AUGUCAGUUAUUCGAUCGUACGAUGCUUGCAAGCGCUGGGGAUCCCGGUACUUCGGAGAAUUCGUUGCCUCCGGAGGAGAUGAAGUACCCACGUCUCCCGAGUCCCCCGUGCCGCAAACCUACCAUCUCUGCGGUGAAGAAGGCCACAGGGAGUUGGAAUUUUUCAUAUCCAGUGAUGCCAGCGCUAUCGUGGAGCAUACUGACAGAGUGAUUUACCUCGAGGACAACGACAUUGCUGCCGUUCGCGAUGGCACCCUCUUCAUUCACCGCAUGACGAAGAAGGCCAACGAACAAACCGUUCGUGAAAUUGUAACUCUGCGCAUGGAGUUGAAUGAGAUUAUGAAGGGCAAUUACGAGUACUUCAUGCAAAAGGAGAUUUUCGAACAGCCCGAGUCUAUUUUGAACACAAUGCGUGGUCGUGUGGACUUUAAUAAGUACUCGGUUGUGCUAGGUGGCAUAAAGGAUCGCCUGGUGGACAUCUGUCGCAGUCGGCGUCUUAUUUUCAUCGGCUGUGGAACUAGUUACAACGCAGCAGUAGCGACUCGUCAGUUGAUGGAAGAGCUAACGGAACUGCCAGUGAUGGUUGAAUUGGCCAGCGACUUUCUGGACCGCCGAACACCCGUGUUUCGUGAUGAUGUCUGCAUCUUUAUUAGUCAGUCUGGCGAGACCGCGGAUACCCUUUUGGCCCUGCGUUAUUGCCUCAGUCGGGGCGUCUUUAGCCUGGGCAUAACCAACACCGUGGGCUCAACUCUUUCUCGGGAGACACAUUGUGGUAUCCACAUGAACGCCGGCCCCGAAAUUGGUGUAGCCAGUACCAAGGCAUACACAAGCCAGAUAAUCGCCCUGGUCAUGUUUGCGCUUGUGCUCUCUGAGGAUCGCAUUUCUCUAACGGAAAGGCGAAGAAGCAUAAUUGAUGGCUUAUGCCACCUUCCCGACCGGGUGCACGAGGUUUUGGCCAAGGAGGAGGAACUGAUUUAUAUGGCAAAGGAACUGAAAGCGGCCAAGAGCAUAAUUGUCCUCGGCCGCGGUUUCAACUUCGCGACUUGUCUUGAGGGAGCUCUGAUGCGUCUACCACCACCACCACCACCACCACCACCACCACCACCACCACCA